UCUUACACUCCGUCCAAUCUUCCAUAAUCAUUAUAUUCAACAAGUUAUCAGUGCAAGGGUCAGGCACCAAGCAAAAGACGAUGUUCCCUUUGGAACGUAUGUCAGAGCGCUCAGCGCUGUGCUGUGCUGUGCUGUGCUGAGCGCUGAACAUCGAACCUUAGUUAUAUACAUCGUUUUGCAAGCCCCACGAACAGCCUCUCGACAGCUCUUUCCUUCCUCAUCACCAAUAACGCAGUCUUUUCCCCCUCGGCAUGUUCAACCACUCGUAUUCUAACCAAGUCGGAAGCGCAACCCUCAACAACAUACAAGGAAACCAACACAAUCACACGUAUUACCUACAACAGCAGCAUCAACCUGUACCUGCCCAUGCAGCUGGAGAGGAAUGGAAGAUGAAAAUGUAUCUAGAGUAUGACAGGUUCCCGAGAGGCAGAAUCAAGGUCCUCAGAACCGUUGACGUGAGAGGUGUUUCACGAGGUGAAUACGAGGACGAUCCCGACCACCUUGAGUCGGACGAGAGAUACGACACGUCAAGAGCAAAUCGAGUUGCACGUCUGGCAUGUCUUGUUGAAGGGAUGAGAGAGUCUUCUCCAUUCCUAUGCGUCGAAUAUACUGGAAGUGAUGCACAGAAGCUGUUCAAACGGGAUUGCCUCGCUUUUUCUCGCUCCAGACAUGCAUAUGCAAUGCAGCUUCGGGGGUUUAAUGAUUCUGAUAUUCCUAUGGUCCUCUUCCACGAAGAACUCAUUCCGGUACAUCAUGUCUUCCAAAGGCACCGUGAAUCCUCUAUAGCUCUGCAAUGCUACUUUUCAUUGCAAGCCAGCGUUGCGUUGGCAACCAUGCGCUCUUUGCACCAUUGCUUAGAAUCGUAUCUUUGCCAUAAUGUCUGGAUUCAACCGAGGAACGGAAGAAUAUUUUUCGGCCCAGCAGGGCCUUGGCCUACUGACCAGACCUUCUUAGUGUUGGAGAGCGUUCAAUGGCAGCUUGAACACUAUUCAGAUAUCCCUGUUCUCUCUACGGGCAUGUACAAUGCUGGUUAUGUCCUCGAUUAUCUGGUUCAAUUUUCUACGGACGAGUUCUUCCUGCAACACUUUGUUUGGGAUGCAGGCACUCACAUAUAUCAAGGACAGAAAUCUCCUCCCCCAUCCCUCCAAGUCUGGGCCCUUUCUUGUGGCAACUCUAUCGCUAGACUCGAGUCCCGUUGGAUGUAUAAUACGUCUAUCUUCGACCGGGAUCUCCUACCAAUCAUCAUGGAAAAUGGAAGGGCACGCUUUUCCAUCAAAUAUAUCCCUCCGCCUGGCCUUUGGGAGUGGGACCUUCCUAAGCUCCUAUAUCAGAGGGAUACAACGUAUUCCGAUGGAUAUCAAAAUUGGCUAUCCCAAGCGUUCAGAUUCUUCAGCGCGCUGAACAUACCGAGGAGCGAUUGGUCAGACUAUGCAUUAAUUCACUCGAUCCAUCUGGAGCUUAUACCUACGUUUGACUGUGACCGGGGCGCCAAGUCAGACUUCAUUCCCCUGGAUAUGAUUGAUGACGAAACUCUGUAUUACCUGUUUCUGAAUCCCCCACCCCAAUUUCCUGAUAGUUCUCCUGAUGUUAAUGCUUGGAUGCGAGGGAAGAAACAGUACUACUGGUCCACCGAUCCUGAAGGGCGAUCUGCCAUGCCAGAGGAUCAACAUUUAUCACUGGGGCUUCCUUCCUUCAUUCCAGAUGUUUGGGCUGAAUAUUAUACCUGGAGCGCUGACACGUACGACCUCAUCCGGGCAUGGCAGGAAAUGAAAUGUUUUGAUCCCUCGACAACGGAAUUUGCCCGUUCUUUGGGGUAUCCGAUUAUGGAACUCAUAUCUCCCGACUCCAUGGAUGCAAAUGAAGGGCGUUUCAAGAUUCUCUCUGAAGAUACUGAUUUACCAUCUUCUCUCGACGGGGUCGGCAGUGAGGGAGAGGGUGUUAUGGAUGUAGAUUCCAUGGCAUCCCUUUCCCAUUCAACGAUGGAAGCAGACGACUACGGAGCUCCAGGCACGGAUAUGGAGGUGGAUUAGUGGGGUAGACGGUAGUCCUAAAGCUGAAGCUCAGUUCGUCAGCGAGUGGCCUUGCCGCCCUGGCUCGCCACUCCGUUUCGUUCCGAACCCAACAUUCUUCCCCAGGCGACCUUGUUGCCACCUUUUCACGACGAUGGAUCUGGAUGUACCCC